AUGAAACCUUUUCUGUGUACAAUUUGCGGCAAGCGGCGGUUUGCCACAGAUUAUGGCCGAGCUGAACAUCAAAGAGCCCUACAUGGUAUUAGAGGUAUCUAUUUUGUACCCAUAAGUGCAUAAACAAAGGUGUUUGAGCGACGGGCGCUAAUCGGAAGAGGACCUUUCGCAUUCUUGGGCAGUGGUUUUGCCCGUGUCUUGGGGAAAUUGUCUCUAUAAGAGUAAAGACAUUGUGCAAUUAUUACUACAAAUACAGUAGCGUCAAGGCAGAUUUAGGGGGAAAAAGCAUCACUUCCGGUAAGAGUCUGUCGCUCGAAAGAAAAGUUGCGUAUUUUGCAUAACUCAGUCAGUCUCUACUCUGGGAUACUACCUUGGUAAUUUUUGAAUUAGUUAAAAAGGUUUUGUAUCAGUCGGAAAACCUCAAAUCCCUCUGGAUUAAAAUAGAACCGAAAGCAAUUUCAAUUCGGCUUGCCCCCAAAAAUGACGUAAUUGUUUGGUUGCCAAUUUGAUCAGGGAGGGAAGAGGAAGUCGAUCAUUUAACGAAAAGGGGGGAGGGGUGGAUGAAACUAGGCUUUAAUAGACUGUGCUGGCAUACGUUUUGGCAUAAUUCGUCAUUACGAGCAUAAUUUUCAUGCAUUUCCAAAAAAAAAAAGCACUGAAAGCAUAAUUUGCACUUUGGGCUGGUUUUGAGGCACAAAAUUGUCAUUUAUUGAUCAUGCGACCAAUUUCCUGUCUGCUUACUAGCUACGGCCUUCUUGUAUGCUCUUAAAAGUUCUUGUCAAGGCGAGAUGUUGGGCAGAUAAUCAAGAAAAUUCAUGACGCAUAAGGCAGUACUGUUACAACCCAAACAUUUGGCUGAAUAAUAGUGAAUUAUAUUGUUUGUCAACUUUCAGGAGAAAAGUCAAUCCCUUGUUCAUAUCUAUUUUGUACCCGUAAAUUUCGACACGAGUUUGACCUAACGCAACAUCUGGAGAAUCCUGGCAAGUGGCAUGACAAAAAAGGUAAUACAGUCGAAGCUCUCCUUGCGACCGCGCUCGUAAGCGACCAGCUCUAGUUACGACCACUUUACCAAUGUAGUCGCUUACGAGAGAACACUUAAUGACUGGUCCCGAGGGAAACAGUUAAUUUUGUUUCCCGAGAAUCUCAAUGUGUCCCGAGGCGGAGGCGAAGGAAACAUUGAGAUUCGAGAGAAACAAAAUUAAAUGUUUCCCGAGGGACCAGUCUUUAAGUGAUUUGUUAUGUAGCCCACGAAGAAAAACGUUUCAUGUACAAAUUUAUGAAAAUAAACCUUGCGAGAGGUGAACAUUCGUGGGUAACGGUGCAGCGUUAACUGUUACCCUCUGACGUCACAGAUUUUGCAAUGUUGCCCGCUCAGAGAUUUUGGGAAGACCUUGGAUAACAACGGCCUCAACCAGGUUGUGGCGUCCAGCUGUUUUAGUGAAAACAAGGGUUUGGGUCAUUGGGGUGCUCAGUCUCGCGGGCUCAUAAAACCUGGUCUCUGUCGUUCUUAUUGAAGGAUUUUCGAGAUUUUAGCGAGAAGCAGUUUCAUUGUUAGAUGUCAUGUGACCUCAAAGUAACCAAUGAGAGAGCGUGUUGAUGGGAAAAAAUUUCCAGCAAUAUAACAUUAGUAAAAUCCAACUAGUGGUAUAUUAUCAGUGCUGCGUUCUGAUUGGUUGAGCUGCUACUAGUCUAAAUGUUAUAGCCCACUAGUAGCGACAAGCGCCGGCUUUGAGAACCAAACCAACGGUGGCUGAAUGGCGUUUUGCUAGCUAAAGUUGUUUUGUCUCAAUAUUUUUGAUCAACUAGUUGGAUUUUCCUAAUUAACAAUCAUUCCUCUCGCCUUCAUGGCCUCUGAGUCAGUAGCCUAUUCGGCCUUCGGCAUCAUGGACUAUUGACUCAGAGCCCUUUCGGGCUCGAGGAAUAAUUGUUAAAUAGCCAGAGACCGCGCAGGGGGUGGGGCUGGGGGGCUUUAGCCCCCCCACUUUUUUGGCUGUUGAUGUUAGAACAUUGAAUGUUCAACUGGAAAUAUUUAAGGUGUUGAUGAAGGACGGAGAAUUUACCUGUUUUGAUCACAUUUUAGCCAAGAUCAAGCAGCUUUCUGAAGCCGAAAAGUGUAUGAUAACUGAAAUCAUAACCCUAUGUAAACUUCUUCUUGUAAAUCCAGCAACCAGUGCAGCAGGCGAGAGAUCCUUUUCUUCUGCUCGGAGACUGAAAACGUGUCUACGCUCGACGAUAACACAAACAAGAUUUAGCAAUCUGACAGUACUUAAUACCCACAAGGAGAGAACAGACAAACUUUGUCUUUUAGAUGUUGCCAAUGAGUUUGCAGCUCUCAAUGAAAAUCGAAAAAGNCCCCCCCCCCCCCCCCCCCACUUGAAAAUCCGCUCCGUGGACCCUGAUAGCAAUUGUAAAACUUCAACAUACACUGUUGAUAGGUGUGUUUAUACUCAAGUCCUUAUGGUACGGCAUGAUGGGUCAAUGAGUCAUUUAAAUUAAAAGAAUCCCUAAAUGCCCACCAUUUUCGAGUCAGUGUUUGAUCCUUUCACUAUUUCAAUGUUCAAUGCUGAUUUAACUCAAAACUUGACUCAUGAAUCUUUGACUCGUUUGACUCCAGUAGUCCUCAUAAAACAAGCUUUCUUAGGGCAUGAAGGGAAACUGAAAGAAGACUGGACUGUACGUUCGCAUCAUUGGGGAGUGAUUAUUCCCAAACCUUCCUAGUUUCACGUUGUUCCAGAAAAGGUUUCAAGUAAACAUUGAAUGAAGUAAAUUGGGUGGGGGAAGACUGGUGCUCAAUGGGGAUAAGCUGUUUCACAAAAAUUCUUGUGCAAAACAUUGAAAUACGGAACCAUGCGAAAUAAAAAUACUAGAUCACAUCAUUUGGUGCUGAAGUUGUAGUUUGAGCCUCCUGUCAUGGGCUGUUUGCAAGUUACGGCCUACCCUGCAUUCUUGUCUGUCAAGGUGAGAUAUUGUGCCGAAGAACCAGAAAAUUUACGAUCAAUAAGGCCUUCCAGUUGCCUCAUAAAAACUAUACUGUGCCAAUGACUAAAUUUUACUUAUUAAAUUUGUUUUCGAGUAUCAGGAGUUACCACGGAAACCCCGAGUAUCAGAUGUAUGCGGCCACACGUAAAUGACCUCAGAGGGAAUAGCAGCUCCUACCUCCCUCCCACGGUCCUAUUUGUUCCUCCCAGGAGAGAGGAAGAGAAGGCAAUCUUUGAACGAGCUUGUUCCAGCCUAGAAGUGAAUAAAUUCAUAUGUGAUAAGCUGCAGCCAGAUGAAAUAUUUCAUCGCCCGAUUAAUGAUGCUAUUGAUUCCUUGUACCGAGAACUUCAGAGAGACUUGCAGUAUACCAACUAUGGAAUUUAUAACCUGAUUAAGGUUAGUGGUGAAACAGCCCCCGCCCCCACAUCCAACCCCCCAACCCCCACAACCGAAAAGGAUUGGGGGUUGGUUUAGAAAGACGCUGAGGCAAUAGAAUCGUAGAUGUCGUUUAUUUCCAACAAUACCCCUAGAAGACACUGGAUGCUGCCUCCUCAGCCUCACGCGUUUCGUUUUCUUCUUUCUUCUAAAGUAGGACUAACUAAAGUCGAGAUGUUGCUAAUAUAUAUAGCUCGAGAGUGAUUAAAAUAAAAAAUCGGCUAUGAAUAGAUUCUACAUGUCGCCUUGUCUUUGUAGGGUGGAUCCAUUGCAAAAGGCACUGCAGUAAAAAGCAACGCUGACCUGGAUUGCGUGAUGGUCAUGAACGGUAUUGAAAACGCUUCCCAGUUGAGCAGCAAACUACCCGACAUCUUGCGUAUGCUACAGUCACGCUUGGGGAGUAGCAUGCGGGACUCAUGGAGAUUGACUUCCAUAAAGGAAACGCAUUUCUCCUUGCAGUUUAACAUGUCACGUUAUUUCAACCCUGGGGAGUCUUUUGAGGUUGAUCUCUUACCAACAUUUGAAGCAAGCGUAGAAGGCAUCAAUGGUACGUACGGAACCUUGCGUACCCGUUAGUUGCGUUACUCACAGUUUCUCUGUUACUAAUUCUUGCAACCUUGUUUCGAUUUUUUAUUUGUCUCAUUUUUUUAGAACGAGAAAGGUUUUACAGAAAAAUGCUUGAGGACAAAACGAACUGGCCAUACUACUCGGCUGCUCUUGUUAAGAUACAAAGAGACUUCGUCAGAGAGCGGCCUGCAAGCGUAAAGGACCUGAUUCGAUUGGUGAAGUACUGGCGCAAGACGUUCAUUCCACAGAGUGGUAGUAAGCACCUCCCGCCCUCGUAUUUACUGGAACUUCUCACGAUACACGCCUGGGAAAAUGUAAAUCGUCCAGAGCGCUUUGACAUGAAGAUUGGUUUUAAAGCUGUUAUGGAGGUUCUAAAGAAUCACCGAAAUGUUCGUGUUUCUUGGGAAGAUUACUACAGAAGGAAUUUGAUUCCAAGCAGGUACAUUCAUGGAGAGGAAAUAGGAAUAAGAGGGCUGCUUUUUACGUUCUCAACUACAUAGGUUCGGAUGUCCACAAACCGGCCUAAAAUUUCAAGAAACGUUCCUUUACCCUCCCCUCCCUCUGACGUAUUGGGUCCUUUUUCCCAUAAUCCUUUUACUUUAUUUCAGUUGAAAAAUCAGCAAGAAAUGGCUCUCGUGGCAAGUCAUUCGCAACACGCUGUAUAGCAAUUGCACAAAUUUUCUUUUACAAUCGAAUUUUAUUCAUGGUGUAUUUUCUUUUUUUGGAAUUUCAGUCUUCUGUAUGGGCCAUAUGUAAUUGAUCCCGCCAACCCAACCAACAACCUUUACGACCGUGUUGACUGCUGGGAUGAGGUGAAAAAGGUUGCAGAAGAAACCAUGCGGAAACCCCUUCUCAGAGAUGUGUGGGUUACAGCUAACUGGAGAUGA